UUAAGCACAGUCCUGUUCACGCGCUGGGCGCGCUCCCACUGUCUCAGUCCAAGAUGGCGGACCUACUCGGUUCUAUCCUCAGCUCCAUGGAGCGGCCGCCUCAGGUCGGUGACCAGGAGUCCCGGCGCAAAGCUAGAGAGCAAGCGGCCCGGCUGAAGAAGAUGCAGGAGCAGGAGAAGAGACAGAAGCUGGAGUUCAGGAAGCGGAUGGAGAAGGAAAUCUCUGACUUUAUCCAGGACACCACCCAGACUAAGAGAAAAUUCCAGCCAAUGGGAAAGAUCGAGCGCAGCAUUCUCCACGACGUGGUGGAGGUGGCCGGGUUGACGUCCUUCUCGUUUGGCGAGGAUGAGGAAAGCCGAUACGUCAUGAUCUUCAAAAAGGAGUUUGCCCCGUCGGAUGAGGAGCUGGAGGCGUACCGCAGGGGCGAGGAGUGGGACCCGGCCAAAGCCGAGGAGAAGAGAAAGCUGAAGGAAUUGGCCCAGAAAGAGGCGGAAGAAGAUGCCUUAAGGGGUCCGUCGACCGUCAACCCGGCAACGGACUACAAAGAUAAAUACAGCCACCUGAUCGGGAAAGUCGCCGCCAAGGACGCCGCGCACACGCUGCAGGCCAACAAGGCGUACGGCUGCGUUCCCGUGGCCAAUAAACGUGACACUCGUUCCAUCGAGGAGGCGAUGAAUGAGAUCCGUGCCAAAAAGCGACUGAAAGCAGAAGACGGCGACCCGGCUGGCGCGAGAUCCUAAAUCCCGGACCCGGCUCUCCCCAGCUGACCGGCUUGUGGUGAUUGGAGGACGCAGCCCGCGUCUCACCGCGACGGACAUUUUUUUUAUCUUAAGCUUUU